AUGGAUGAGUCAGGACUUUUCUACCGGGAAUCAUCGAGAUCCACAUUCUACAUGAAGGGAGAGGACUGCGCCGGUGGGAAACGAGCAAAGGAGAGGAUAACAGUUGCCCUCUGUGCCUCAAUGACUGUUUUGCAGCCGAUGGAUGCCGGCAUUAUUCAGACAUUAAAAUUAAAGUACAGAAAAAGACAGAUUGCUCAUGUGCUGAGUGAGAUGGACAGAAACAGCUCACAGAUGGGUCCAGAAAUCCUAAGGGUUUUUAACAUUUUACAGGACAUGUAUUGGAUCAACUCAUCAUGGAACGAAGUUAAGGCGGAAACCAUCAUUAAGUGUUUCCAGAAGUGUGGCUUCGGGGAAAAAUUAUCAUUUAGUACAAGUGACCAUGAGGAAAGUAACCAGGACAGAGAUGAUAUUGACGAGGAUGAUAUACCACUUGCUGUGUUGAGAUUGUCGCGCGAUCUGUUCAGUCAGGACUUUAACACCUUAGCUGACAUUGACAGCAAUGUGCAUACGUGCGACAACUCCAUGACAGACUGGGGCCGCCCUGCUCCACAGAUUCUUUCUGAGAUGAGGAACUCUGAUGAGACUUCCAGCAACUUUGAUGAUAAAGAGGAAGAAGAGUAUUUAAGAUUCGGAAAAAGUGGUUUCAACAAGUGA